CUACACAUUAAGGCAAACGUUGUGCGCUGAUAAUCCAGUGAGUACGGUAGAGUCAGGGAGGCGGACCUCGCUCCAGCAGAGGAAAUGUGACAGAUAUUUCGUAUGAAUCAGUUCAUUGUGCAGUUAUGAGGUCCUCUCCAUUAGCACAUCUUCUCUUCCUGCUCCUGGUAGCAGGGAGUGAUGUCACAGGGGAGGAGGUGGACAGGAAGCCCAACUUUGUCCUGAUGAUGGUGGACGACCUGGGCAUCGGUGAUGUAGGAUGCUAUGGUAAUGAUACCAUCAGGACUCCUAACAUAGACAGACUUGCUUCUGAAGGGGUAAAGUUGACUCAGCACAUUGCAGCUGCUCCUCUCUGCACUCCGAGCCGGGCAGCUUUUAUGACAGGGCGCUAUGCCCUCCGCUCAGGAAUGGGCAGCACAGGCCGUGUGCAGGUGCUGCUGUUCCUUGGAGGUUCAGGCGGGCUGCCACCCAGUGAGACCACCUUCGCUAAGAGGCUGCAGCAGCAAGGAUACACCACUGGCUUAGUGGGUAAGUGGCACUUGGGUGUGAACUGUGAACAGAGAGGAGACCACUGUCACCAUCCAAACCAACAUGGCUUCAGUUACUUCUAUGGCCUUCCAUUCACACUGUUCAAUGACUGCGUACCCGGAGAGGGGAGUGAUGUCCUGGCAGAUCUUCAGCACACACUUAGAAAUCUCACCAUGUGGCUUGGAGUUGGACUUUUAACACUGGUGUGUGUCCGUGUGUGUGGCCUCCUUGAAGUUGGCGUGUGGCUCCUGGUAGCACUUUUUUUUCUUGCUAUCCUAGUAACCACUGUGUGGUACAUGCCCUUUAAACUCCUGCCAACCUGGAACUGCAUCAUCAUGAGGGACCAAGAAGUAAUCGAACAGCCAAUGACAGUGGAGACACUGCCCCAGAGGUUGCUGGGAGAAGCACAAAGUUUUAUAAAGAGGAAUGUCGAUCAUCCUUUCCUUCUUUUCUUCUCAUUGGCCCAUAUCCACACGCCACUCUUCACAAACCCCGCCUUUGCUGGCAAAAGUCGCCAUGGUCGCUAUGGUGACAACAUAGAAGAAGUGGAUUGGAUGAUCGGUAAAAUGAUUGAGACGGUGGACUCCCUCGGCCUGGCCAACAAUACUCUGAUGUACUUUACCUCAGACCAUGGGGGACACCUAGAGGAUGCUGAUUCGCUAAUUGGCCAGAAAGGAGGCUGGAACAGCAUAUAUAAAGGUGGGAAAGCUAUGGGGGGCUGGGAGGGAGGUAUCAGGGUGCCUGGUAUUUUCCGCUGGCCUGGCAGACUGGCAGCUGGAAGAAUAGUGGACGAACCCACUAGCCUCAUGGACCUAUAUCCAACACUGAAAUACUUGGCCAAGGACACAGAACCAGACAGACAAUUAGAUGGCUAUAACCUCAUGCCACUGUUGGAAGGGAAGGUGGAGCGAUCAGAGCACGAAUUCAUGUUCCACUACUGUGGAGUCUACCUGAAUGCAGUACGCUGGCACCCACCUGAGAGUGACUCCGUUUUCAAGGUACACUUUUUCACUCCCAACUUUUCACCCCCGGGAGCCGGUGGAUGCUAUGACACAAAGGUCUGUCUGUGUCAUGGAGAACAUGUGACGCACCACAACCCACCACUGAUGUAUGACCUUUACCAAGAUCCUUCAGAGUCCUGGCCACUGACUCCUGAUAAUGAACCGCUAUACACUGAAAUCCUUGAGCAGACCGCCAAAGCUGUGGAGAGACAUCGAAUCACCCUCGCAAACAACCAGGCGUCUGAUGCGCACGGUGUUCAAAGCCAGAUGACAUGGAAGAAGAUUCUGUGGAGACCCUGGCUUCAGCCCUGCUGUGGGACAUUUCCAUUCUGUGGCUGCAAAGAGAACACGACGCAUAAUUAAGGGAAACAUAAAAAACCCAGCUUGGUCUCCAUGAAGUUCCUCUGAAAUCUGUGGCAGGGUCUCCACAUUUUCAUGAUUGUGAUAUACAGUAAUACUGUACUUUUUGUCAUUCAGGGUGCGUUCAAGAGCUUGUGUUCAGAUCAUUUUAAAUAUGUGACAUGACAAAGUUUGGCGGAUAGACUCGGUGAAAAGGCUAUUUUGGAUUUCCAACAAGUUGCUACUUGCAUUUAGAAGCUUUGUUUAAUAUAUAGAUUAAACUGUCUGUGCAAAACUGAAACUGAAGUUUAAAAUGAAGUUGCCAAAAAUUAUUAUUAUCCAAAUACUACUGAAAUUAAUCAAAAUGAAAUGAAGACUGAGUGUAUUGACCACACUAUUCAUGUGGUCAACACAUUAUUACACUGAACAUACUUUAGAGCCAGAAGAUGCAUCAUUACUCCAUGAAGGAAAAGUCUAAUGUUUACAUCUGUAUCAUUCAUUAAGUGAUGGAUCUGUUCUGUCUGUGCUCUUUUUUUUUUUUUUUAGUAAGUGAGCAAUAAAUAUUUUAAGUACAUGACACAAUAAAAGUUUGAAAAAACAACAACACAUAACUGAAUCAUAUCCUCUUAUUUACUGAUAGUGAGGUGUGCAGAUCACCUUUUCUUUCAUAGAUGUAGCUUAGUCAGUUUUACAUUUCAGUGAAGUAGGAUUGAGGUAAAUUCUUCAAGAGGGUAGUUUAGACUGUUUGCCAUUAGAGGGCAGACUCAGACUGUGUUUAGAUGAUUGUGAGUCGUGCUGUGUGUUCGUAUGAAGGAGAGGGAGAGAUUUCAGUCACUGUGGGCUCAUGCUGUGUGGCAUGAAUAGGAAUAUAGAUAUUAUCAGUGCCAAACAGGGACA